AUGUCAUUCACUCGUACCGUACUCCCUCGGGCUUAUCGUGGUCUUACCACCUCAGCCGUGAGACAGAAAACUCUUUCAGAGACUGUCAAGGAGACUGCUGAUACUGUAAACAAAAAAGUCGGAAAAACUUUAGCUUCAGGUUUAGACACGGCUGAAAAAGCUUCCACAAGCGUCAAAGAAACAGUCUCGUCAGCAACUUCGGACGCAAAGGUCAAAUCUGCUCAAGCUGGUCAAAAAGCAAACGAAGCGGCGGGUGUCGCGAAAGGUAAAGCGUCAGAGGCGAAGGAUGAAAUCAACAAACGUGUUUGA